CCCCCUUGAACAUGUCUCGUAACCUUUAAGAUGUGUUGUUUUGAGAGGGAUUGAUCGUAAUAACAUUAGAAGCACGUGCAAUAGAGGAUUUACAGUCAUGAAGAUUUGAAGCCAGUUAAGAUGUCAGCAAGUCCACUGGGUGGUGGAGAGGUUUGUUUUAGUGAGGUGAAUGGAGAAACUUUCAACCCAGAAACUAAACAGGCCGAGGAUCGCGAGACAAACUGUGGAAUUGGUUCCUGGCAGCCGAAAUGUCUACAGAGAGGAAAUAAUCCGAAAUGUUUGUUGUUCUUUCUGUGUAUGUAUGGAAUGAUACUCAGUUUUGUAGUGAAUGGAAUCAACAACGUUAACACGACCUCCAUGGAACGAAGAUUUAAUCUGUCCAGUGCCAGGGUAGGCAUGGUAUCCAGUGCUUACGAUAUUAGUGCCGCAAUAUUGGGCCUGGGUAUCAGUUAUUUUGGGUCUGGUAAGAACAAGGCUAAAUGGCUGGCUGUAGCCGGAUUGUUUAUGGUACUAGGCUCGUUUGUCAUGUCCAUUCCACAUUUUUCUACUGGAUUUUAUGAAGCUGGUGAAAAAGUUAUAAAACUUUGUCUACAAGAUGGUAACACUACGGCAGUCUGUAAACCAGAAGAAACGUAUUUAUCGAGUUAUUUAUAUGUGUUUGUAUUGGGUCAGAUGUUACAUGGUGUCGGUGGUACAACUAUAUAUACUGUGGGUAUAGCUUUAUUAGAUGACAGCGUUUCUUCUUCUACAACACCUUUAUAUAUAGGUAUUUUAUACGGCUGUUCUAUAUUAGGUCCGGGGAUAGGAUAUAUUGUCGGUGGACAAUUCCUCAAUUUUUACGUCGAUUUUGAUCGUCUGGAUUCAGCAGGACUGUCUAUAACUCCCGAUGAUCCCAGAUGGGUUGGUGCCUGGUGGAUUGGUUUUCUGGUUGCAGCUAUUUUAAACCUGACAGUUGCUCUUCCAUUGUUUUUAUUCGGGAAAGAACUACCUAGUGCCAAACAUGUUCGAGAAACGAGAAUAUCAGAAGCCCACGGAUCAGAGAAAUCUACCAUUAGUUAUAUAAAAACCGAGAGAUCAUUGAAACAUUUUCUAGGUGUUGUUACCAAGUUAUUAAAAAAUCCCUGCUUUGUUUUUUUGGCUCUGAGUAUGUUAACAGAGGGAGCUAUUAUCGGUGGUAGCGCCACCUUCUUACCUAAAGUUAUAGAAAUGGAAUUUCGUGUGUCGGCUUCUAUGGCAGCUAUAUAUACAGGAAUAGCCGUUGUACCGAGUGCUGCUGCGGGUCAGUUUUUAGGAGGGUAUAUAACCAGGAGAUUAAAACUGGAUAUUCGAGGCACUUUACGUCUGUGUAUAAUAGCCAUGUUUGCUUCCUUAUUUGGUUGUGCUAUUCUGUGGAUAAAAUGUAACAGCGAGGAAAUAGCUGGAGUUAAUGUUCCAUAUCCUGUAGAUAAUUUAACAGACGAUGUUACACCAGUUUUAACAACGGAAUGUAAUAAAGGAUGUGACUGUUCAACUAAUAUUUACGAACCAGUUUGUGACGUGGAUGGGAUGAUAUAUUUCUCACCAUGCUAUGCUGGGUGCACAGUUAAAACGUCAUCAGCUAAUUUCUCAGGCUAUACAUCAUGUAGUUGUGUAAAUACUAAAGACAGUAUGUUUUCUGGAAUAGAGAAGAAUUCAGUUAAAUCAACUGUUUGUAGGAAAUCGUGUUCUAUUCUUUACGUCUUCUUGUGUUUACUCUUUAUCCUCAUAUCUUUCUGUUUUUUACCUGUGGCAUCAGGUGAUUCCGUCCAGCUCAGAUGUGUUGAUGCUGAAGAUAAAACGUUUGCUCAAGGUUUAAAACUUUUUAUAGUUCGUCUUUUAGGUACUGUUCCAGGACCUGUUAUAUUCGGUCUAUAUAUUAUAUAUUAUAGGUACUGUUCCAGGAUCUGUUAUAUUCGGUCUUUAUAUUAUAUAUUAUAG